GGGAUCGGGCACAUCCACCCCGGCUCUGGCGUGGUGCCGGUGCAGCUGAAAAUCAGCGGUGGCCCCAAAAAUCAGCGGUGACCCCGGCCACGCGUUUGUGCUGUGGAAAGUUAGGGCCUGGUGAACGCUGUCACCUCCCAGCCGAGCCAGGACCAGACAAUUGAGGUGCCUGGGAAGCAGGUUUGCACGGCGGGUGAUAAGGGCGGCCGUGCCGCUGCCCCGGGGCUUGCUGCCUGCAGGAUGCGAGAUAAGAUAAGAGAAAAAUGCAUCGAAAGCCGGGAGGGCUGCCUGAAACGCUGCGUGGGCUGGAAAUGUGUCUGACUGGGAAAUUUCCAGGCAUGGCUGCUGUGCUUUGUAACGCGGGCUGCUGCGCUCCAAAGGGCACCGCUUGGUGUGAGCGUGGGCAGGACGGCGUGCCAGCGGUGCUGUUUGGAAAACAUCUCUCCCCGUUUCCUCCGUCCCUCCCUGCGGGUUUCUGUCGCUUCGUACAACUUCUCGUUCGCUUUGCUGAGCUGCCCAGCUCCCGGCUGCCUGCACGCAGCUUCUGCAGGUUAUCACCAGCGCCUGUAGUCCCUGAGGCUUCGCAGUAGCUGGGCACAGGUUUGUGCAGGCUCCUCUGGCUCCGCCGUGCUGCCAGGCACUUCGUAAAAAUUCCCUAUUUCUGCUCGAUUCCUCCCUGCUCGUUCGCUGCAGUCUCAGUUCUGCCUCCUCCCACUCCUCCCUGCUUUCCUUAGCCCCUGGGGUCUGCCCUUUCACAAGCCUGUUCCACCACUCCCCGAGCUGCUGUUUCAGCCCUCGCAGCUGAUUUGGAAAACUUUGUUGUCUGCCACCUCCGCGGGGAACUUUCCCACCUCUGGGGCACUUGCAGGGACACGAGCAGCCCACGCAGGCAACCGGCACCGUUCAGUCUCUGCUGGGACUGCAAACCUUGUGAAUUUGGGUCCAGACACUUUAGGGCAGAAGCCAAAGGCUCAGCUCGGCAGCUGAAGUCACACAGCUACAGACAGAAGGACGGCCACGGAGGACAGAGGGAAAAGGCACGACGUGCGGUGCUGAAUUUGGGGAUUUUUGCCUGCCUGGAGCAAACGGAGCAGUAGGAUCAGCGCUGCACCAGGGAUUUGUGCCCUGCCCUGGCUCAGCCAAGCCACAGCACAGCCUGGCACAGUCAUGGUGCCCUCGGCAGGACCAGGAGGAUAUUGCAGUCAGCACCCUCCUGCUCUCAGGAGAUGAGAAAUCCUCUCAGCACAUCUAAGGAUCUGCCACCACUGAGCUGCCACCAUUCUCCUUCCAAAGGCAUCCGUUUUGGUGUUGCUGCAGUGCCCACGGUGUUUGCAGCCACCCAGGUUUCUCAUACGACCCCGGCACUGUCACUGAGCUCGCUGUAACUGCAGGCACCCCUGCUGCAAUCUGUGGGCUCUUUCCUCCUUGACAGCAGGUUAUAAAUUUCCCAGGUAAUGAAGAUAGCCAAAUGCUAUCAAUAAACUCCUAAUCUGAUAAAGAGACCUGAGAUUCUUCACAGAAAGAUCCUGAGGAUGAACAGAUACAUCUCGACCUUUGAUAAGAACUUGGAAGAUGGCAAAACACAUGGAGGGUUGGAAAGAGCAUGCGCAGAGAAGAAAGGUGAAUAGUUCAACCGAGAGGAAGACUUUUUACUUCAUCAUGAAGACCACCAGGAAGACCACCAGAUGGUGCUGCGCAUGUGCAAGUAGGGAGGAGUCAAGGGAGGAGUCAUUGAGGCUGAUGCUGCAACUUGAAAUGAAUAUGUAUGAAUUUAUGUAUCUCCAAGAAUAUAAAUUUGCAGUCAGGAUGUGAUGGGAUUUGAAGCCAGAUUUGGGCACCUGCCCUUGGUUUCCAGUGCUGAAUAAAGCACCUUCAUAUAGUCACGUUGUGGUUAUGUGUCUGCUACGCUAACGCUGUGACUGAUGGCUGUCGGCAGGGCAGGACAUUCACGGCCCAAACUGGGACGAGGUGAGCGCAUCGAGCCCCGGCUUGACCCUGCUCCGGUCUUCCCAGUCCUCCCCUUUCCACGUUGCUCAGUGAGAAAGACGGAAAAUGGCCACGAAGAAGCCCUGGGGGCUCUGCAAGGGACCGGACAAGCAACAGGAAUCCUGAGCCAAAUUUUGUGGUGCUCAUCCUGGCUGAGGCAGCCUGCUCUUCCAUGGGCCCCAGGAGCUAUUUAUUUAUCCUCCUCUUCGGGGACACCUGGGUCACCAGGAGGAGGACCUGGCUCUGGUGGGGAGACGUGCACCAACCAAGGAGCUGCCGUUUCCCCUCCCAAGGGUGAUGUGCUGCCCACAACUUGUCCACGCUGCUGUAGUCUUUUUCCCAAACCCCCGAGAGCUAAUUGAUCCACCCAGUUAGUUAAUUGAUUUAUAGCUAUUAGAGACUAUAAUUAACCGACCAGCUGUGCGUUAUCUGCCCGGUGGGAGCAGCGCUGAGAGGCAGCCAGCUCUGACGGGCCACGAGCUGCCCCAUCCCUGCUAGCAGCCCUGCUCGUUUGGCAUCCCUGAAGGAUUUUGCUCUGCUUCGGGCUUGGGGCUUUUCCAUUUAUCUCCUCCUUCCCUAACGUUUGGCUCAGCCGUCUCUCUCUGACUCUCCCUACUCCCCCGUAUCUCCUCCUACAAGGUCACAAACUCGGAUUUACGCUCGGAGUUCACAUGGCUGGGCAGACCAGUUUGGACCAGCUCGUUAUCAACGCGUUCCCAGCCCCCAGCCAGAGCCACGGCUACGGGCAGAGUGGAGACGAAGCAGAUGGUCGUUAAGCAUCGGGAAAGCCAUGCGUCGGCCCGCGCCUGGCCCAGGUGCCUGCGCCUAGCACGGACACAUCUGCCUGGUGCUAACAACCUCGGGGACGCCACUCCCGGUGGAAAUGCAGCCGGAGGGGGCUGAGGAGAGGCUGUAGGCGCCCCGGCGGAGCUGCUUUGUGCCUGGUAAAACCUCGGAUUGCUGCCUGGUGCUGCGUGGGGGGCUGGCCAUGCUGUCAGCAGGCCCCAAAAGCAGUGGCGGUGCCGGGAGGUGAGCGGUCCCCCGGUGCCACGGCGUCCCCGAGCGGCUCUCGGUGAACCUCUCGCUGCUCCCGGUGUCCUCAGAGCUGAGCGCCGCUGACCCUCCAGAGGGUCUUCUCCUUGCAGGGGCAGAGGCCAGGCCGACGUCCCAGCACGAUGUUCUCCAACAGGUUCCACAGGAGGGGGUUCCAGGAUGCUCCCUGGGAGGAGGGGCCGUGGCAGCCCAGACCCUACGGUGCCGGCCCCCAGGACAACUGGUACAAGCCGUCCUGGGAGCACCAGCCCUGGAGAGGCAAGCACAACAGGCACCCGCCUGGUCCCUGGAAGCCCUGGCCUUUCCCCGGCCCCUCCGACUUCUAUAGGAUGGAUGGGGACAGGAGAUGGAAACCCCAGGACUGUCCCCGUCCGCCACCCCCCUGGGACUACAGAGAGGAGCACCAAAGACAGGAGGAAAACUUCACUGAGGACUCGUACCCGGUGCAGCCGCUGUUUGCCCCGGAUUCCUUCACCUGGUCGGAGUUCCCCGGCAACGAGCACCCCUCUGCCGACUUCUCGUGGGAGCAAGGGGCCUUCCAGGAAAGCUGCCCGCCCUGGCGUCCUCGUGGCCCAAGCCACAGACGCUGCCGUUACAUUCGCCAUGUCCAGCAGGAGACGUUGGUGUACCACAGCCCGGCCCCUCCCCAGCUCCCCAAAGGGAAGCAGGCGUCCUCCAAAUCCUCCCAGUCCUGCCCCCAGGAGAGCCAGCCAGGAGGCAAGGGAGAUGCGCAGAGCCUUGCUGCUCCCCAGCCAGCUAGUGCCAGCAAGGACAGCGUGCAGAGCGGGGAGAAGGUGGCUGAGGGCCUGCCGGCAGCCAGCGGAAAGGUGCCGGAGCCCUCCGGGCCAGCAGCCUCCCCGCAGAAGAGCCCAGCCGCUGAUCCUCAGGCUGUGGAGCAGGAGCCAGCAGCUGGAGCAAGGCUGGUUGAGCCAGAAGACAGGCAGAAAGCUGCAGGCAGCCAGAGCCCGGGCCCCUCUGCUUUGAAAACGGAGCCAGCCCUGCCAGAGAACACCUGUACCAGGACAGAGGAGGACUUAGGAGCAGGUAGAGCCGUGCAGCCAAAGCAUCCCCUGAGGCCGCAGCAGGGUGCUGGGUCCCCACCCCACAGCACCUCAGCCCCCCAGGAGCCUGUGGAAACGGCCGGUGCUGCAGCGAGCCUGGGUGUGGAGGUCUCACCAGGAGCUGCCGAGGAGCCCGAUGCACAGCAAAGCCAAGCCAGCUCCAACGUCUGCAGCGAGCCAGCAGCAUCACCCAGGACAGGACACCCUCCUGGGGAUGGGACAGAGCUGGCUGCAGGCUGCCAGCCCUUGCUCUGCUCCAUGCUCCCCGCACCCUCCCCAGCCAGCACAGACCUGCGCUCCGCCGCUGUCCUUGCCAGGAAAGAGGAGAUCGAGCUGUCGUACCAGCAGUUCAGCCUGACCAUCGCCGUGGUGGCCACGAUGCUGCUGGAGAAGGAGCCCUCCAUGGAGGCGGCGCUGGGGCUGGCGCUGAGGGCCAACCUGCGCCAAGUGCGCACCCACCACCUCCAGGAGCUGGAGGAUUUCAUCAACAGCUACGACUCUGGCACCCCCAGCCCCUAAACGGGGGGGAGAAUGUGUGGAGUCCCCCGUGUCGGGGUCGGUGAGGUCCCUCCGUCCCUCCUGGAGGUGGAAAGGGGGUGUGGAGGUCGGGGGCCAGCCAGAAAUUGGGGUUUGCAGGCAGGGAACGGGGUCGUGGGCAGGUUGUCCCCACCCCGAGCUGAAUUUUCAAGAAAAGAGGGUUUUACUGAAGGGUGGCGGGAGGGAGAGCAGCUGGGGCAGGGGGGACGGGAGGGCUCCCCCCUUCUCCCUUCUCAGAGCUCCUUGCUCUCUUCUUGUGUUUUUUUGCUGCUCCGUUAAACCCCGGGCUUUG